GCCGGUGCGUCCCGGAAGUUCGCACUCCUCGAGUCAGCAUCGCUGGUCCGACGCCGAUCGCGCUCCGGAAAUCCCUUCGCGGUAACAGCGUUGAACUCGUCGGAAGUGCGGUGGUUGCGGUCGCGCGAUCCCGGAAGCGUCGGCCGUGUCAAGCGGGGCGCCGCCCGCCGCCGCGACACCCGGACGCUUUCACCUUCGGCGCGUGGCUCCGGGAUGCUGCGCUGCGGCGCCGACCGAGUCGAACGGCGCGUCGUCCGGCGAGGGGUCCUGUCCCGCCAAGCGUGAGAGCCGAUCGGCGGUUCAAGGGAACGGGGCCGGCCGCACGCUCCAUCACUGGCCGCCGAAGGCGAGCAACCUGGUCCGCAUGCGAGGCCGCCGCGCCCGAUUCUCGCGGUCGCCGGCGGACGACGGACAGGCCGGCGUCUGUGGAGCAGCGCAGCAGCACCAGCAGCGGGCGUCCACGGCGCCCCUCGCGAUACCGGCCGAGCUGCACGCCAAAGCUGCCACGCUGCUCAAGUUCGUCAAGACCACCAGGCGAAGCGGCGACAAGAUGAAAGAUCCCCAAUCCUGCCAUACAGGGAGGUACCAGUCGCCCCUGCAGGCCUACGAAGCAGUCCUCCGGCAGGAAUGCGCUGAGAGCGCCGUCUUUGGCGUCCUGCACACUCCAAGAUGCCAGCGCAAGGCCACCUACCACGGCCGUGCCACGGUCACCUACCAGGAACGAGAGGACCUGACAGUUCGCCGAGACGACCACAGCUCCGCGGAUUCUCUGGAACAGCGCAGCUUGUCGGCGGCAACGUACAGCGCCCUCCAGGAAUAUCGUCGGCCUAGGCUGUCGGCCGUCGACUACAGGAGCCGCAGCUUUGCAGACCACAACGUUGGGCAGCACCACGCUGGACAGAACCACACGUGCUGCUUUCGAGAGCACGCUUCGUGCUGCGACCGGCCUCCGCCACUCUGGAGGAUCGGCCAGCCGAGAGCGCUUGACGAAGAAGACUGUGGACUCCAGUCUGCACCCGUGACUCAUUGCGUUAACCCGAACGUGCGUGUGUCGCGGCAGGUACUAAGCGACAACUUCCAGGACUUCUGCCAGACGAUGCUGGCAUCCGAACGGCAGGUGCCCGAGCAGCAGCGAGUUCCAGCGGCCGUCGUCCAGUCACCACCAGCCAAGCCUCAGCAAGUAGCCUUCCGGCUGGGCAGCAAGGACUCGCCCCGGAGGAGGUCACUUUCUAGUUUGAGCAGGACUUCCAUCGUGCAAGAGGUGCUGAAGAAGAUGUCUAGUCAAGCGGCCACGAUGCCACCCGCAGCUCCGAUGAUGGCUCCAGCGAUGAACGACCUGUCCAGCGCAGACGAUAAGGAAACAGGCCUCGACCAGGACGCCCUGCAAGUCAUCCAGCAGUUGGACUUGUCCAUCGCGGGCGACGAAGAGGUCUUCGUGGACGGUCCUCCACCACCGGUAUUUCCAAGGCCAGCAACCGACUCUCGGCAUGUGCCGCCCUCCGGAGCUGUUCCCAACGGAACGUGCCAGCACCCAGUGGACUCUGAGGCGCAGAAUGACAACCUCAUUGAGGAAGUCUGCUUUCCGGGCUCGAACAAAAAGUCAUAUGCGGCCUUGGCGCAGCAGACAGCGCCGUCUGGAGAGACGACCGCCGAGUCGAAUGGCUACGGAGUCACGGAAAGGCGAGACGCCUUGUUGGGCAGAAACAAUGAGCUUGAAAUGGACAUGGGCGUUGGCGACGCAAAAUCACCAGCAGCCACCGUGGGCAAAGCACUCUCGGACACGGGAGACAUCUGCGUUAUGCCGGUGGACGAGUGCCAGCUGGGUCGCAGCGACACGGCGGACAGCGGCGUGGCGAGCAGGCCAGAGUCCGGCAGCUGCUCGCACUUCGUGGUGGUCGCCAUCGACUUCGGCACCACGUACAGCGGCUAUGCGUUCAGCUUCACCAGGGACCCCGACAACAUCCACAUGAUGCGCAAAUGGGAAGGUGGUGACCCGGGCGUGGUGAAUCAGAAGACGCCGACCACGCUGCUGCUGAACCCAGACGGCGAGUUCCACUCGUUCGGCUUCACGGCCCGUGACGUGUACCACGACCUCGACGGGCAAGAGGCAAAGCAGUGGAUGUUCUUCGAGAAGUUCAAGAUGACGCUUCACAGCAACGAGAACCUGAGUCGCGACACGGAAAUCCGGGCGGCCAACGGUCGGCCCAUGGCGGCGCUGACGGUGUUCGCGCACGCGCUGCGCUACUUCCGGGACCAGGCGCUGAAGGAGUUGAGCGAGCAGUCGGCCACCACCAUCCUGCCGGACGACGUACGCUGGGUGGUCACCGUGCCGGCCAUCUGGCGGCAGCCCGCGAAGCAGUUCAUGCGUGCCGCCGCAUACAAAGCGGGGAUUGGUUCCCCCGACUUCCCGGAGCAGCUGAUCAUCGCGCUGGAGCCCGAGGCGGCAUCCGUGUACUGCCGCAAGCUGCGCAUGCACCAGCUAGUGCCCGAGGCCCCCGCUAGAGUGCACCUGUUCCGAGAGGCAGCACCCGAACUGAACACCGAGCCUGCCGUCGACGAGAAGCCAGACAUGCAUAUCCUACCUCCCUUGCGCUCGGAAGUUAUCGAGGAUUACCUUUACGGAGGCACCAAGUACAUGGUGGUGGACUGCGGCGGUGGCACGGUGGACAUCACGGUUCACGAGCUACACGACCAGCACGGCACGCUCAAGGAGCUGCACAAGGCGACGGGGGGACCGUGCGGCUCGCUGGGCAUCGACCGCGAGUUCGAGCGCCUGCUGCGCGCCAUCUUCGGCACCGACUUCAUGGACCAGUUCAAGCUGAAGAGGCCCGCCGCCUACGUCGACCUCAUGGUGGCCUUCGAGGCGCGUAAGCGCAACGCCACGCCCGACAAGGACACGCCGCUCAACAUAUCGCUGCCGUUCUCGUUCAUCGACUACUACAAGAAGUGCAAGGGCACCACCGUGGAGCAGGCCAUCAAGCGCUACGGUAACAAGGAGGUGAAGUGGUCGUCACAGGGCAUGCUGCGCCUGGAGCCGGCCGCCAUGCGCGAACUGUUCCGCCCCACGCUGGCACGCAUCAAGGAGCACAUCGGCAGUGUGCUCGGGGACCCGCGCCUGGGUUCCAUCCACUACCUGUUCCUGGUGGGGGGCUUCGCCGAGUCGCAGAUGCUGCAGAAGGAGCUGCGCGAGGCCUUCGCUCCUCACACGAGGGUCAUCAUUCCACAGGGCGUGAGCUUGGCCAUCCUGCGAGGCGCGGUGCUCUUCGGCCUGGACCCGAUGGUGGUCAAUGUGCGCCGGUCACGGCUCACCUACGGCGUGGGGGUGCUCAACCGCUUCGUGCAUGGCGUCCACCCGCCAUCCAAGCUGGUCGUCAAGGAUGGCAUCGAGUGGUGCGCCGAUGUGUUCGACUCCUUCGUGCUGGCCGACCAGUCCGUGGGGCAGGGCGACGCCGUGGUGCGCAGUUAUACGCCCGCAAAGAGCGGCCAGACGCGCUCCAUCAUCCACGUGUACUGCAGCGAGCGCGACGACGUGCGCUUCAUCACCGAUCCAGGCGUCGUUCGCUGCGGCACACUGGUGCUCGAUCUCUCGGACACGAGGCACACACCACUGCGGCGGCGCGAGAUACAGGCACGCAUGGUGUUCGGCGAGACUGAGAUCAAGGUCAGCGCCCUGGAUGUCGCUACGCAGAUGUGCGUCCGGGCAGACAUCGACUUCCUUAACCAGUGAAACGCGCCGACCCACGCCAGCGGCGGCGUCACGAGCACAGACUGACAGUUUACAUCUGCGAAACCAAAGCCGCUGCUUUUACUUCACCGAGAGUCACGGUGGCAAAAAAAAAAAAAAAAAGCUUCUUUGUAUUUCCGCCAUUGUGGAUUAACAUGUCGCCAAUUCGCGACUGCAGGAGCCUGCAAUGACAGACCUAAAUAGACGGCAUUUUGCAGGCAAGGGCCGAGUGGCUGCUUGGUAGGGUGCGCACCCUCAGUUCCAUUCUAGCUCAAGCUAGUUUCUCAACAUGGAAAGUGAGUGUCAGAAGAGCCUGUCCACUUGUUGAGCACUCAUGUCCAGCUAGUUUGGACAGCUCACGAAGAGCAGGAGGCAAUUACGAGAAAGCACAUGGUGCAAUAUCCUGUCACUGGAUUUCAGUAAAGUAGCAAUCUAUUAGUGGAAGAGACUGACAAGUAAGAUGACAAAAUGUUAGCAUCCAAUGCUGCAGGACUAACUUAUUUCGCACAAUGGUGCAGCCUACUAAACUGAACAAUUAUUCAACAUUUAACACGCGAUACACAGCAAAAUGAAUGAACACGGAAGUUUAUUUUUAAGCACCAACACAAAGGUACUAAAAUGCAUAAUCUGGCCAACAAUCCACAGCCUUUCACCGAAAACGCAGGAAGUGCCACAUCACAUAUGUGGCAGAUGUGUGAAAGUAAAAAAAUUGUCAUCCACCUAAAAGUAACCCAAAGCCCACGGGUUUCCCCAAAAGCCAAUUUUCCCCUGGUCUGCAGAUCGAAGCCAGCACCUUUCUGACUUAUAGGUGGAUGACAAUUUUUCCAUUUGUGAAACUUCCUUUAUCUUGCAGACUUCCAUUGAACUUUACUCAUUCAAUUAUAUAUACAGUCGAACCCGGAUAUAUCGAACCCACAUAUAAUGAAUUAUUGUUUAUAACUAAUUACUGUGUAUAGCAAACAGCAGUAAAAUUCCCUUGAAAAUAUUUAUUUUAUAUAUUGAGUUAUCUAUAUAUCGAACCCUUUUGUGAUCCCCUUCAGAUUCGAUAUAUCCGGGUACGACUGUAUGUCUGCAUUGCAUUGAAAGCAUUCUCGAUUGUACAGAGUGCAGCCUACAGUAAUAAGGGAAUGUCUAGGGAGCAACAGUGCUUUGGGAUGCAAUACAAUGAGUGCUCCGUACUUGAAACAUUCAGCCAGCAGUUUGUCAGUCAGGUCCCAGUGAAACAUGACCUAAGGAAUAUCUCUACCACGCAGCUAUGAUACUUGCAGUAAAACUAAACCAUUUUCUGCUCUCAUCUUUACUCUCAUGUGCACCUGGUGUAUACUUUGACAAAAAGGACAAUUAAGUGUGCUGAGAAAAGUUAAGGAGAGCAAACUUGCUUAGUCCCGUGCUGCAGGGCUUGCUUUGCAGAAAUCUUAUACAAACUGAAUGGUAGACAGCAACAUUUAUUGCCUUUACAGUAUGUUUACAUUCACAGCAUUUCUUGUCAGAAGCCAUGAUAAGUCACAUUCUUCAUGACACAAAUCAUCCUCAUUUCAUGUUUAAAAACUCUUAAAAACUGUACAUAAUGUCUGCAAGAUUUAAAAAAGAAAAAAAAAAAAGCACUUUUGUCUUGCCACGGCAGCACAUCAUACCGGAUGACUACAUGGUUCAA